AUGCCUCACGCCACGGAACCCACGUAUAAGCAUAUCAGCGUCACGCCUAUCGGCCCUACCAUUGGAGCCGAGGUGUCGGGCGUCGACUUCAGCAAGCCCGUGCCGGAUGAGGUGUUUCGAGAGAUCUUGAGCGCUAUCACUAAGUACGGCGUCCUCGUCUUCCGUCACGCAGCCCUGGACGACCGCCGCCACGUCGCCUUCGCGCGGCAGUUUGGCGAGCUCGAUGAUGUGAAGCCAUACAUCGCUGCCGGCCGCAAGAACCGUUUCGACUUCGACGAGCUCUUUGACGUCUCCAACCUGGAGGAUGAUGGCAGCCUGGUCGCGGUGGACAGCAAGCGGGACCACUUGAGUCGAGGCAACUCCAUCUUCCACGUCGACUCAUCCUUCAACCCGCGCCGCGCGGGCUUCUCGCUCCUCCGCGCCGCCGCCCUCCCGCCCCCGGGCCACGGCGGCAACACCGACUUCGCCGACACGCGCACCGCGUACGACGAGCUCCCCUCGGCUCUCCGAUCGCAACUGCAGCGCCACGACUACGUGGGCGCGCACUCGAUCUGGCACUCGCGCAAGAAGGCGGCGCCGCCGGACAGUCCGUGGCUGAAAGACGUGGAGCCGCGGGAUUUCCCGAUGGGGAGGCAUAGGUUGUGUCAGGUGCAUGAGGCGAGUGGGAGGGGAAAUCUGUAUGUGGCGGGGCAUUUGCAUCAUUUGGAGGUGGAGGAUGAGGGGGUCGAAGGGGGUUGGAGGGAGGUGGAGGCGGAGGAGGGGACGAGGUUGAUUGAGGAGUUGUUGGCGUGGGUGGAGCAGGAGAGGUAUCGGAUUAGUGUUGAGUGGAAGGAGGUGGGGGAUUUGGUCGUUUGGGAUAACACAUGCGUGAUGCAUCGCGCCGGGCCAGGCACGUUUGCUGGGAAGUAUAUGCGGGACAUGAGGAGGUGUACGGUGCAUGACUCGAGCAGCCUGGCUUGGGGGUUGAACGAAAAGUCUGACAAGAGGAUGGGAUUGCCAUAA